CCAGCUGACAUGAUGUCGAAAUCGAAGUGGAAAUCUUUUUGGAAAUUACCGAUUCCUCAUGGUGUACGGAAUUGUUGGUGGAGACUACUCAUUAGAAAGCUCCCGACUAGACUAGCACUACGAUAUACGAAUACUGAAACCUCGGGUAAUACCUUAUGUCAGUUCUGUGAAAAUAAUAUAGAAGACGAAGGACAUAUGGUUUUUUAUUGCAAAAGAAAACAAUCCUUCUGGUACGCUGCAAGAUAUAAACUUGGACUAAACAUCCCCGUCACACAAAUUUGGCCAAGCCUCAUAUUCAGUGAAAAAACCGAUCCUGAAACACUAACCUCUUUGGGAUUGAUUUUAUUAGUAGUAUGGCAAAUGCAUUGGCAAUGUACCCGUGACAACCAAAGAUGGGACACUACCAAUGCUCUACAACGGCUACGAAGAACCAUGUGGCUCAACGAGCACAAGGAUGUUAAGGAAUAA